AUGAAAGGAUUGUUGUCGCUUGUUCUCGUCUCCAUCGCUCUCCUGCAGAUGACAGCAGCAGCACCCGCUGCGUCAGAGCGCUCCCAAGGUAUUUCUCUUGUAGCACUGACAUGGUUUUCGCAACCGUCUUACAAGAAUGUCGACGACACAGAUGUCCAGAAGCGCAACGUUUAUGGCGGCCAAUACGCUAAGGAUGACACAGAUGUCGAGAAGCGCAACGUUUACGGGGGUCAAUACGCUAAGGAUGACACAGAUGUCGAGAAGCGCAACGUUUACGGGGGUCAAUACGCUAAGGAUGACACAGAUGUCGAGAAGCGCAACGUUUACGGUGGCCAAUACGCUAAGGAUGACACAGAUGUCGAGAAGCGCAACGUUUAUGGCGGCCAAUACACUAAGGAUGACACAGAUGUCGAGAAGCGCAACGUUUACGGGGGCCAAUACACUAAGGAUGACACAGAUGUCGACGAAGAAGCGCUAGGACGUCUCCGAGACCGCUGGCAGUUGUCUGGGUCGUCCCUCUGA